UGAAAUACCUCGACGACGCAGAGCCGUCGACGCGUAGUUGCAGCCAUGGCAAUGCUGUAGCGCGGCAUGCUCCGCGGCGGAGACCCAACAUGAGCUGGUUAGUCGGCGUUUCCAUCUGCCUCGCUUGGGAUUUCCAGUUCGCGCUAAGUUCUGGAGCGAGUGACGCGCCGAGUCUUGGACUGACAAACACACCCAGACGCGUCCUGAGCCCAGACAGAAUCUGUGGUCGACUAGAAUACCCAGUCUAUCAAAACCAUACGGUGUUCUUCCAUCGAGACGGUUCUGACGAGCUCUAUGUUGGAGGGACUGACUAUGUGUUGAAAAUUAACGUGGACGACAACCAGGUUAUUGAGGAAUUCCCACUUAGAACGACAGCCCAGCAGGAGUGCUCGGAGGGCCUUUGUUACAACGUCGUCACUGUGAUUCAGGAGUUCCAGGAUAGCUUGUUUGUCUGUGGAACCAACGGAUACAAGCCAAAGUGUUGGAAACUGUAUUCCCGGGUGCACAACCAGUCGCGUGAGAUAGUGGAGAGUUAUGAAGGCACUGGCAUAUCUCCAUUUGCUUACACCCAGAACUCACUGUCCCUCACAGCAGAUGGGGACCUGUACACAGCGGCACCUUUAGGCAGCGAUGGAAGAUCUCUACAAUUUCGAAGGAAAGCCGGCGGUAGAGCCAAUUUAUGGAUGUAUGACAACUGGGUGUCAGAGCCCACCUUCGUCGCUGCAUCCUGGGUGGAGCGAAAAGAAGAUCCCGAAAAUGACAAGAUCUAUGUCUUUUUCCGAGAAAAAAACUCUGACAGCAGUCCCGAAGCAGACCCUUGGGUUUCCAGUGUGGCCAGAGUCUGCAAGGUUGAUGAGGGUGGGUCAAAAAGAUUCUUCCAGAACAUAUGGACUACUUUCCUAAAGGCCCGGCUUGUGUGUGGGUUUCCGAAGGAGUCACUCUAUUUUAACCACCUUCAGGACGUCUACGUGGUGCAAGCCGAGGACUGGCACAACACAAGCGUCUACGCCCUUUUCACAAGUAGCUGGAAUUCCACGGCCGUUUGCAUCUAUUCUAUGGCAAAGAUCGAUGAGAUCUUUGAGAGCUCCACCUUCAAGGGCUACCAAAAAGACAUCCCAAACCCUAGGCCCGGAACCUGUGUUAAAAACAGCAGGAGCCUUCCGCUGGCCACUGUCCUCGUCAUAAAGGAUCAUCCAGAAAUGAAGGAUUGGAUUCACUCAGUGCACCAUCUUAAUCCAUUCUACAUAAGCAACAACAACUAUACCAAGAUAGCCGUGGACAGAGUCCAAGCUGCAGACCAGCGGAUAUACAACAUCUUGUUCCUUGCCACUGACUCUGGCAAGAUCCAUAAAGUCUUAGAGUCUGACUCCGAAGCUUUCAUCAUCUCUGAGACUCAUCUCUCCAACCACUCGGCCAUCCAUUCAAUGAGACUUGACACGAAAAAGAAAAAGUUGAUAGUGGGCUUUUCGGAGCAAAUCGUCAGCUUGGACCUUCAGAAGUGUCAGGAGUACAACAGCUCCUGUGAAGAGUGCGUCCUGGCCCGCGACCCAUACUGCGCAUGGACCGAGAGUGGAUGCACCUCCAACACGUCGGGGGGCAUCCAGAAUAUCAGCGGGGGAGAAACAAAUGUGUGCCGUCAAACGGUAGAAGGCCCCAAAAGUCUUAACAGGACCAAACGGGAGACCCCCUCACCUUCGCCAUUGUCUUCAAGGGCAGUUCACUCCGUACCCCUGGACAUCCCUUUCUACUUGUCUUGCCCCAUAGACUCUUACCACGCUGCCUAUACAUGGGAGCACAACGGCCGGAGCAGCCCCUGCUUGCAAAUGCAGUCCAGCUGCCUGCACCUUAUCCCGGCCAUGGCACAGGAGAGCUACGGGACCUACCGGUGUGUAUCCACAGAGAGAGACUACACCAAAGUGGUAAAAGAAUACCAGCUUACUCGGCAACCGAUCGGCGAACCAAUCAGAAAUAGUAGUAGAGAGGUUAUUGUCAACAAAACUAAUGAUGCAGCAGUGCUUGCACCACAAAUGGUAGGGGUUAUAGUAAUAAUGAUAAUAUUAAUAUAAUAAUAAUAUAAUAAUAAUAAGAUAAACUUAUAUAGCGCUUUUCUAACACUCAGAGUCACUUUACAAUAAACAGGGCGAAACAAGACAACAGAUAAACAUAACAUAGACAUACAGUUAUGAGAAUAAAUGCUGGUGUUAUUGUGUCAUGGAUUUUCAAAUCUAUCUGAUUAUAUAGCUUCUACUUUUCUCACUUUGUAAUGUUCAAGACCUUAAAUUUGUUUCGCUAACCUUUUAAGUUAAACAGGAAACUGGCAGAAAUAGAAAGCGCAAGCACUCGGAACAUUUUGUAAACAUCAUUUCGGCCAGGGGUUUUCAGGCUGAGCACAUUUUAUUUUUAAAUAAACAAGGUAGCGUGACUGUUCCGCAGCCUGCUGCACCUUUUCUCAGCUUCCACCGGGGAAGCUCGCAUGGUUUUCCAAGGUGAGGGUGGAACAAAAAGAGAACAUUUAAAGACUGGCUUGCUGCCAUCACAAACAUGUCCAGAAGAGGGACUGUGUGAUAUGGAGCCUAACCAAUGGCUGCAGGGACUCGAUGCCUUUUGAUUAUUUGUACAUUAAGAAAUUGUGGUAAGGGGUGUCCGGGUAGCGUAGUGGUCUAUCCCAUUGCCUACCAACACGGGGAUCGCCGGUUCGAAUCCCCGUGUUACCUCCGGCUUGGUCGGGCAUCCCUACAGACACAAUUGGCCGUGUCUGCGGGUGGGAAGCCGGAUGUGGGUAUGUAUCCUGGUUGCUGCACUAGCGCCUCCUCUGGUCGGUUGGGGCACCUGUUCAGGGGGGAAGGGGGAACUGGAGGAGAAGCGUGAUCCUCCCACGCGCGACAUCCCCCUGGUGAAACUCCUCACUGUCAGGUGAAUAGAAGCGGCUGGCGACACAUGUGGUAGUCUGCAGCCCUCCCUGGAUGAGUGGGGUAAUUGGCCGGGUACAACUGGGGAGAAAAAGAGGGAGAAGUCCAAAAAAAGAAACGUUUUUUAUAAAUGAGCCCCAACAUGUGUUAUCACUUUGUUUCGUAGGAAGGAGCAAAUUUAAAUCGACGCUCCGCAUCUAUGAUGCCGGUAUGUCACAUGAGGCUAAAGGCAAUAGGUUCGUACAUGGCUGUUGUAGCCAUGAACGGCGCUUGUAAAGGGGUCCGUUUGAAGUGGUUGUUUCAUGUGAUUUUUUUCACACAAGUUUUUGCACUGCAAGCUUUGAAUAACCAAAGACUUUUUCCACUAAUACUUCCUCUAAUAGUCCUUAAGCAGAUAGCCAAAACCUUGCCUCUGGUGAUUGUAUAGAAAAUUCAUUAUGGAUAUAGUUUUAAGUCUGCCUAAUUUAAGAUAUUUAUUGUAUUACGUGAGUAUGAUCUUAUUUUAUGAAAUCAACUUGUCUGAAAUGUUCUCACUUAGUAUUAUGCUGAUUCUGUUUUAAUUGAAAGUCUUUAUUGUUCCACACUGGAAAUUACCUUUUUAGUAAGUGCUGUAUGUUUAUCCGUUGUAUGUUCCUAUAUUUCCGUUAUUGUGUAUUGCUAAAGUUAGGACUCAUCUCAGAAUUUACAAGGGAGCCAACAAACUGUCGUAUUAACAACAAUACUGUAGUAUUUACUGGAAUUCAAUACUGGCAAGCGAUUCACAAAAAAAAAAAGCCAAAAAAAAUGUGUUACUGGCUUUAAUUAUACUGCUCUAGCGACACAAUCUUAUUAAUUAGAUUUACCUCUGUCAUUUCUAUCCAGUUCUUUCGUUUAUCUUCCUGGUAGAUCGUUUCAUGUCUGUGGCUCAAGUGCAGCCUAAUGAAAGUGGUUGGGUCUUGACGGCACUGUUAAGAUCUUGAGCCUAAUCUGGUUUAUUUUUGGAUUCGCAGCCUGACUUCGUGGCCUUCCUUUUCGCCACGGGGGGGGGAAAUCCUGUUUACAGACGAGCCUAAAUAGCCAACCUGUUUGCUGUAAUUGCCGUAACAGUUGGAUGGUAGAACAGUUUUUCCUUUUAGGCAAACUGGAUGUGAUUUUGGGGCACCUCCUCGGUACGUUUCCUUUUUUUUGGAAUUUUACCUUCAGCCAAAAUAUCAUCACCUUGACACCUGUUGGCCGGAGACCCCUGUGCUAAGAGGCAUCCGCGCUAAGGUGGAUGCCUCUUAGCUUGCCUAUCUAUUCUACACAUCCUACGGUCUUCCCUGCUUCCGCAUUAAUGCGCCUCACUGGCCUGAUGUAUAAGACACAAUAAUACCCCAUUAGGUAACUACAGCUAAUUCUCUUAACCUGAGCUUGGUAUGGGAAAGCUCGAUUUAAUUUAAGCGGUGAAUAUAUUCUUGCUGCUAAGGGAAUGUUACUUUCAAGAGUCCAGUGCAGCCACUAAGAAAGCCUUUAUACCCGGCUUUACUACGCAGAAUUUUUCUUUCACCUUUUUGCAUCGGUGGAGGAGAGUCAUGGUAACGCCCACCGAGGCCCCGCUGGCCCAGGAGAAAACAUCUUCAUCCUUAGAAUAAUUACCAGUGUCCAGUGGGAUCGAUGGCCGUACACAGAAAGCUUCCCUGUUCUGGGGUAACCUCUGAAGUGUCCCGUGAGUUCCCCUUUCUCAUUCUGUUUCACCCUUUUUCUUCUCUUGGUCUGUGUAACAUGACCUUACAUGGUCCCAUAUCUUUACAAUGCACUGGCUAGCAGCUGUACUCAUGAACUUAUAUGGAACAUGUUGCACAAUAUAACCGUAAGUUACCGUCUCCGUGGCAUGGAAAAGUGACAUUACAAUCAUUAUAUAAUCAUCAAACAAUCAUUUCAUUUGAUUAUAUUCCUACACCGGUCAGUCCAAAUACAUACAAAACACAUUAUUUUAUAUUUCUUUUGACUUUCUCUGUUGUAAGUCCCCUACUCGCCUCAGAGUGGGGUCCCUGCAUAGUUCUUAAAAAAAGCAACUGUUACUGAUUAUUCUCAUGAUUAUGAACAUACGAAUAAUCAGUAAUCAGUGAUAAUUUAAUGGGAGCCAACGAAGUGACAUGAGGAUUGGUGUGAUCUGGGGAUCUAAGAUUGGUAUUGGUUAGCGGCCUGGCUGCCUUGUUUUGCAGAAGUUGCAGGUGGCACAGGGCUGCUUGGUUGAGACAGGAGAAAAGAGCAUUGCAGUAGUCAAGGUGUGAAAAAGUUAGGGUAUAGAUUAGUGAUUCAAGAUCUCCGAUUGACAGCAUUGAUUUGAUUUUUGCGGUGUUCCAGAGUUGGGGGAAAAAAACAGGUUUGAACAAGCUUGUUCAUAUGUAGGUUGAAAUUCAGGUUUUGGUGUAGGAGUACACCCAGAUUUCUUGAGGAGGGUAUAACAUUGGUGGCCAGACUUCUGAGACAAACUUAUUAGGAUCAAUAAGGAGAACCACAGUAUUGUCUGAAUUGAGCUGAAGGAAAGUGAAUGACACCCAUUCCUUAAUAGUAGCCAGGCAGUCAUUACCCAUGUCAUCUGGCUUAACUGAUAGAUACAGCUGCAUGUCAUCAGGGAAGCAGUGAUGAGAGAUGCAAUUAAACUGACUGACCAGGUGACCUAGAGGAAACAUGUGGACUGAGAAAAGGAUGGAACCCUAUGAACUCCACAGAACAUAGGGGCAGUUGAGGACACAGAGUUGUCUAUGGCAAACUGAAACUCCCUGUUCCCGUUCCGAGAGCCAACUGAGAUCACUGAGGUCAGAGGUAACUGUGAAGAGGAUCAUGGGCGUCAGCCUUAAGCCAAUGCUGACGCAGUGCUGGACAACUCAGUUCCUGAUGCUAUCCUGCUAUCAUAAGUGUUUGAUUAGUCUGAUUCUGUGGUGUGGUCAAAGUUAGGCGUAGCCUACUUUUCACCUAGUGGAGAAACUGAUGAUGAGUGCAGGCAGGGUGGAGUGGGUGGAGAAGAGUGUCAGGAGUGAUUUGCGACAGAAGGGUACCAGCAAGAGUUCAAGGGAAGGUUUACAGAUGGUUGUGAGACCAGCUAUGUUAUAUGGUUUGGAGACAGGCACUGACGAAAAGACAGCAGGAGGAGCUGGAGGUGGCAGAGUUGAAGAUGCUAAGAUUUUUUUGGGAGUGACAAAGGAGGACAGGAUUAGGAACGAGUAUAUUAGAGGGACAGCUCAGGUUGGACGGUUUGGAGACAAAGCAAGAGAGGCAAGACUGAGAUGGUGUGUCUGGUCCAGUAUACCCAGCAUCUCUCCUCCACAUGUGUGGAGGAGAGAUGCUGGGUAUACUGGGAGGGGGGGGGGAAUAUCUGCUCGGUCAGCCAACAAAAAAAUGUGAUCACUGACCCGGCUUCAAGCCGGGCUAGAAAAUUAUGCAAUAUCUGUAUUCAUAUCAGUGUUGAAAUCGGUAUUCAGUUUGGGCCAACUGCUGGGGCCUGGUCCAAAAACACAAUCAGUAAAAUAAUAUGUCCAUCCAUUUUCUGAACCGCUUAUCCUGCUCUCAGGGUGGCGGGGAUGCUGGAGCCUAUCCCAGCAGUCAUUGGGCAACAGGUGGGGAGACACCCUGGACAGGCCGCCAGGCCAUCACACAGGGCCGACACACACACACACACACACAAUUUAGUACGGCCCAUUCACCUGACCUACAUGUCUUUGGACUGUGGGAGGAAACCGGUGCACCCAGGGAAAACCCACGCAGAGAACAUGCAAACUCCACACAGAGGACGACCCCCAAAGCUGGCCUACCCCGGGGCUCGAACCCAAGACCUUCUUGCUGUGAGGCGACCGCGCUAACCACUGCACCACUGUGCCGCCCAGAGAAUAUGUCAUAUUCAGUUAAUGAUAAUGAAUUAUAUGGGUGACCCCAUAUAAUUCAAAGAUCUAUUCCAAUUACCUUCAUUCAAAGAAAAGUCACUGGGAAAACACCUUCAGUGUGUAAUAAGUCAAUAAGAAAUGCUUUUACAGGUGUUUCCUCUCAAUUAAUACAUUUCACACUGACAAUUUAACGAAUUCAAGACGUGUGAGUGUAGGGAAGAGGAUUAGGACCACAUGGGGGAAAUGCAUUAGGUAGUACCUGUAAUAGUGUCGAACGGCGGUCUCUGGGCAAUUGAGCCCCGGUUAAUGCUUUGUUUACAAUGUCCUGUUUUGGCUUGCGUGUGUGUUAUGUCUGAGGCGAGUGGGAAGAGGGGAGGGUUGUUGACGGUGUGGCAGGACCUUUCCGGUCUCUGGUACACCCACACCCAAACAAAAUGCCCCGUCUUCCCACUCAGCUCAAGCACGUGCUCGAAAUCAGACCAAAACAAAAACGCAAACAAAGUUCAGUCACCAAGUGUUGUGUUGACCGUGGUGUGUUUAAAGUUGUUUACUCCGCGUCACACGUUUGACAACACUACUCUUCUUCUGUCUGACAGAGAGUUUGACUGUACAACAUUUUACAACCAGGGGGUAAAAUGUGUGCUUACUGACCGUUUCAAGAUUUUUGUGUCUUUUUUUGUUGUUGUGCAUUUUAACCUUUAUGAGACACUACAGAAGAGAUAGACUUGGUUAAUGAGAAGGGGAGGGACAUAGAGCAAAACCCCUGAAGCAGCAUUCAAACCAGGGGCGCUGCAGGCUUGCACGAGUCUACGUAGUAUUGGAGUUUUAACUCGUUAACCCACAGGGGCAAUUCAAGUGCUCAACAGCUGACGCCAGGGUGACAAUAUCAAGGGUCACAACGGCCGAUCGUUACGCCAUUCAGUUAAACCUGCAUAUCUUAGAAAGCGUAACGAGUAUCGCUAAGAGAAAUAUGAGCAACUUGAACUGAAAAAAGGGGAUGAUUUCUAUAGGCAACGCGCAUGUGGUGUAAAACCUGCGGGGGGAGGAGCUGUGGUAGGAAAAAGUUCAGAAAAGAAGCAUGCCGUCAACGGUAGUGCACCCUGAUCAACAUCAAAUACACCAAAAAGCGGAAACUUCAAGUUCACUUGUUGAAUAACACUACUAAACACCCUUAUUGUUUAUUAUACAUACAGCAAAAUUGUGUUUUUCACUUGAAGGGGCUUUUAACCCUUGAAAAUGUGCCCUGAUAAAACUUAUAAGAGCUCAUUUGACGUCCGUCUUGAGCAUGAAAGUUCAUUCGGGCUGCACCCUGAUGGCCCCUAAGGGAAGAGUGGAUUUAGCAUGAAGCACAAAAAGAUGUUCACUGGUCAUUUUCAUGUGCUGUACAACAUCAAUUUCUUGAACUUAAGAAGCAGCCCUUUUUUUUUCUGAGGUUUGUUCAACUCUGCCUUCUUCCCAUCUACAGCCUUCAGAGACGAGUUCUAACGGUGUAUAUGAGCGGUGUAUAAACCUGGGGCCCCAAAGGUUUGGCCUCCGGAUGUGUAGUGGCUGCUUAAGAAUUUCUUUUCCAUUGUGUUUUUGUGAAAAGGAAGGUCAUUGGAGGAUAUAAAAAAAAAAAACACAUUGAUUUUUUUGCUCCAGUAACAGUUCCCUUGGGGGGGGGGGGGGGUUGUUACUAAACAGACAAUACAACACAGGAAAUGAACGUAUUUAUGUAUUUAUUUGUAUUUUUGUGUAUGGAGUGUAAAGCACUUUGUAACUGUGUUUUUAAAAGUGCUGUAUAAAUAAAACUUUGCUUGCUUAUAAAACAGC